CUGCAAUGUCGCGUUUCGUCCUAAAUGGUGAUUGUCGUGAGGACGUGUGCGUGUUGGGGAAGUGUCACGCUGGGGGUUGUUUUUUUCUCUCCUCUAAUGUCUGUCGUCAAGCCAGCCGGGAUGUUUGAAGAAAACAAUGCUUUUUUUCUGCACGGAGACAGCAUUCUGUGGCUAGUGCAGGAAUAUGGCGCCCAUUGCUUCGAAAAUAGCCCCAAAAAACACACACUGGGCUGCCAUUUUUCUUUUUUCCUUUUGUCCGCUUUUUGGUGAAAAGAGGCAGAGUGAGACCUCCGCGGGGAGGAUCGUCUCGCAUUGCUUCACAUCUUAGACGCUCUUGUUAAUAAUCACAUAUCUCGGUAUGCAACAUGGAUGGUGACGGGGACUUAUUCUGCACACAUCAAGCAGAAUGGCUGAACCUCGAUUCAACAGUCCCUAUUUUUGGCCUCCGCCUCCUGCGAUGGCCGUCAGCCAGGAGCAGCUGAUGGCGGAGAAGAUCCGAGCGUCUCAUCCACCUGGCGCCGCCCUCCUUUCCCAGCAUUCCUUGCUGACCCCUCCUAGCCAGGAGGACGGCGGCCAGCACGAGAUGUCCAAAGCCCAACAGACGCCGGGUCUCAACCGGCCGUCUCAGGGGGACGUGGUCCUGCACGCCAGCCCCGCCCGGCCCGCCUCCAGCUCGCUCACAGGUCGCGUUCUUGGGGACGUAAACUUGAACCUGGAGGACAAGGUGGCGAUCAAAGCCAGAGGAUUGUGGGAGGACUGGCGUCAGCUCAUGGACCAUCCUGCGAGGACGAGCCACCUGUCAGGUGUUUCACUGGCCUCCCGCACAGGAAACCUCAACAACUCCGAGGUCAACGCCCCCACCACGCCCUCCCCCAGCAGCCCCGCCCGGCUCGUGGGCGGAGCCUCCACGCCUCACCUCCUGUCCGGCUUCUGCAACCCCCACGGGAUGGAGCAGGCCAGAACCAACGGGGGACUCCUGGGCCUACUCGGCGGGUCCAAGCCAAGAGACGGGCGCAGGAGAAUCAAGGCGGAGAACGGCUCGUCGCUGCUGGUGGUGCCGUACCCCAUCAUGGCGUCCAGCAACGACCAGUCCUGCAUCACCAUCACUGCCAAAGAGAAGACAUAUAGGUGUAAAGUGUGCCCGCUGACCUUCUUCUCCAAGUCGGACAUGCAGAUCCACUCCAAAACGCACACGGAGGCCAAGGCGUACAAGUGUCCUCACUGCACCAAAACCUUCGCCAACGCUCCGUACCUGGCGCAGCACCUGCGCAUACACCUGGGCCUCAAGCCGUAUCGCUGCUCCUACUGCGAGAAGUGCUUUCGCCAGCUCUCGCACCUGCAACAGCACACCAGAAUCCACACGGGGGAUCGGCCGUACAAAUGCUUCCAGCCUGGAUGUGAAAAAGCCUUCACUCAGCUGUCCAAUCUGCAGUCUCACCAGAGGCACCACAACAAAGACAAACCCUUCAAGUGUGCCAACUGCUACCGGGCCUACUCGGACUCGGCCUCCCUGCAGAUCCACCUGUCGGCCCACGCCAUCAAGACGGCCAGGGCCUUCUGCUGCAACACGUGCGACAGAGCGUACACGUCGGAGACCUACCUCAUGAAGCACAUGUGUAAACGCUCAGCGGUCCAUCACGGGGGACCACGUCACCCCGCUGAGCGAAGGGUGGACCCCGCCCAGCACCUCCGCACAGAUUCCUCUGACCUGAGCGCCGCCAUAUUGUCCAGACAUCACCUUUCUCUCGCCGUCUAAUCCCAAUGGACUUUUUAAGGCACCGAGGGACACUCGAGUGUACUUGUAUGUUGAUAAUGAGAAUUUGGACUGUCCAAAUGUGUCUAAUGAGCACUUUCAGGUCUGAAAAUGACAGACUUAAAAAAAAAAAAAAAAAAAAUCCAAUGUGAUAAUUGUUUAACUUCACAGCGAGUGUUAUGUGCAAGAUAUUUUUAAAAACAUUGUAAUGUACCAGAUGGUGUUUUUUUAUACGCUCCUUAACUUUUUUAUGCUGUUGCGACACCGUAGAAACACUUUAGAGAUAGUCCUCAUUCAUGAUGGUUUUUUGUGUAUUAUAUUGUUCAUGUUUUAUACCAUAACUGUUAAGGGAGGAGAUGAUUUGAUGUAUUUUCACGUGUAGAUGAUGCAUUCUAACUGCCUUGUGUGUCCUAACACGGUAAACUAAAAAAAACCUAAACAUAUUAUUGUCUUUUUUUUUUGUAAGAAUAAAAUUACUUCUGGAUUUAGUGAAA